GCAUUCGAAUUCAUUUUUUUCCUAAUACAUACACCAUGUUUCCAUAACAAUGUGUAUAUUGUUUAUACACGCGCCCUUCGUAUUUCCUUACCCGACACUAUCAUUUUCCCUAGUGUUUAUGUGUAUACAAACAAAGUGUUGAAAAUACAUUGCAUUACCAACUACCUUAGAAAACAGAUGUGAUUUUAUUCAAUUGACAAAAUGAUGAAAAUUUUAAAAGACGAAAAUGUGGUUACCAACCCACGACAUGUAGUUUAGCUGUUUAAAUAUCUUUCAGUCGACAUUGUGUUCUACAUGGGAUUUUCUAGUUGAUUACUUGUAUUCAUCGUACUGUUUUUUACUAAAGCAGAUAUGGGCGGUGGAUUAAGCAGUGAUAGAGUGCAACCUGACGAAGUAAAUACAAGCGAAAAUUUGAAAAAAUCGGAAUCGGAAGAAACCGAAAAUUUUCAAAUCAAAAAUAGAUCGUCUACAGAUGUUUUCUUCUUGAUAGUUUUUUUAAUUUUUUUAACGGCUUUGAUUUGCUCUCUAAGCUAUUGUUUCUUUUAUGGCGACAUCUAUAGAGUAAUAAAUGGAUAUGACAAUUGCGGAAAUAUUUGUGGAAGAGAUAACAAAAAUCUCAAAAAUCGAAACGAUGGUAAAAAAUCACCACAGUGUUUGGGAACUGAUAAAGUUCAUGAACCGUAUCACAUAGUUUUACAACAACAAUCGUCCAAAGUGAUGAAUAGAAUUUGUACUUCAGACUGUAACCAAUAUCCAGGAUACAGAAAAUUUUUCAAUAGAUGUAUGCCGAAUCAAAGCGAAGCUGUUGUUAAUAAAGUAUUUUCCAGAACUGGACUUAGUAAUUUUUUCACUGAAGUAUCAGAAGACUUUCAAAUAUGUUGGACUGAAAUUUGUUACCUUUGCCUUAUUGCUCUAGUAUUAUCAUGUUUACUUCUGGCACUAUUCAGAUUCCUUGUAGGAUUUGUAGUUUGGAUAGUUCUGAUGGGAUCAUUAUCAGCAUGUGUAAUAGCAACAGUUGUUUUAUGGAUAUUAUGGAAACAUUCUAAGAACUAUGUAGACGAUAUACCCGAUAACCUUGUACCUGAUGUUGACGCAAGAAAAACCUAUACUUACUUGGUAUUCGCCAUUUUGACGACAAUAGCUACAGUUAUUAUAAGUCUUAUUAUUUUUGUAAUGAGAAAAAGAAUCGAAUUGGUUGUUCAGUUAUUCGAGGAAUCUGGAAAAGCGAUUGCUGCUAUGCCUAUUUUAUUAUUCCAACCGAUUCUUACUUUCCUCUCAUUAGGCAUAGUCGUUGCACUAUGGUUCAUAUUUUCUCUUUUAAUAGAAAGUUCUGGUACAUUAAGUGAGUAUCGUCUUAACGUUUUUUUCUACGAAAAAGACGCUUGGAUGAAAUUUACAAGAUGGUACAACUUUAUCGCGAUGUUAUGGAUGGUGCAGUUCAUAAUUGGUUGUCAGCAUAUGAUUAUAGCCGGAGCUGUCAGCAUUUGGUACUUUAAACGAGACAAAUCUUCUUUGGGUACACCUGUUAUUCAAAGUACUGGAAAUUUGAUAAGGUUCCAUUUAGGAUCUGUAGCUUUAGGUUCAUGUCUUAUUGCAACUGUACAAUUUAUCAGAAUGUUAAUGAAGUUACUUGAAAAGUUUUUGCGAAAUAGAGAGGGAAAAAUCGUCGACUGUUUAUUAAAAUGCUGUCACUGUUGUUUGUAUUGUUUCGAAAAGAUACUGAAAUAUUUAACUAGGAAUGCUUACAUUGAAGUUGCUAUUUUUGGACUUCCUUUUUGUAAAGCAGGACAGCAAGCCUAUAAGCUCCUUACUGCAAAUAUAUUGCGAGUGGCAGCAAUCAAUUCUGUUGGUGAUUUCGUAUUAUUUUUGGGAAAAGUUGUAGUGGUCAUAGCAACUGUUCUAAUAGGAAUCAAAAUACUUCAAGAUAAAGAAGGUCUUCAGCACAUGUGGGUACCAAUUACAUUAUCUGGUUUAUUUGCAUAUUUUGUCUCACACUGUUUUAUGACAGUAUAUGAAAUGGUGAUAGAUACAAUUUUUUUGUGUUUCUGUGAAGACUGCGAGAAGAACGACGGCGAAAACAGACCGUAUUUCAUGUCAAGAGGUUUAAUGGAAUUCGUGGAAAAUUCAAAAAGGGCAUUAGAUUCUAAAAAGAAAUCGUCCACCGUAGAAGCGACUAUACCUUCCAUAAGUGAAGAUGUUACUAGAAAUUUUUCAGGAUAACUUCCAACGACUGAUUUAAAAGAAUAAUAAUUGCACUUUAAUAUAAUUAGAUUCAAAAUAGUAGAUACUAAAUACCUAGAAUUUGUUUGACUUGAGUUAACGACACUGUUGCUAGUUUAUUUUAUUUAUGAUUAAUCAAUUACACAUUACAUCUUACUGUUGAUAAGAUGUAUUACCAUAACGUGGAUUUAUUAUCAAAAAUAUAUAAAAGUCCUGCAAUAAUUUGCCUUAAGAAUUUCAAUAUGACAACAUUGCUUUUAUUGUUAGUGUGUGGGUUAUUAAAAAAGAAUAGAAAAUAGCAAUAACCGUAAGGUAGAGAGAGAUGUAUCAUUCAACGAGAUUAUUUCCUAGGUCCUCGUAACAUUCAGUAGCGUAUCAUUAUAUUAUUUAUAUCAUUGUAAAUGUAAUACGACGAUUAAAUUGUAAUGCAAAUAAAUAAUAAAUUGAUUAAAUAUUUAUUGAAAUACAUUCAAUUACGGAGAGAAAAUAAUAUCUACUCCAUCUUUCAAAAGAUUCCCAGAAUUUUUAUUUGUGUUUAUUUCAAGUGUUCGAAAAAGUAUUAUUUUUUCGGGACUAUUUUGUUUUGAUAAAAUUAGCCAAUAGAAAUUAACGAAUUGAUCAUAUUUUCCGCGAAUAAAUAAGUGAUUAUACACUUGGCAACGUGAUUUUAUCAAUAUCACAGUUUUAAUGCAUCUAAAUGUUCUUGAUUUUAGGUCUCUUCUAUUUUAUAUUUAUAGUUUUUAUAGUUUUUAGAUGCAUUAAUAUAUC